CCUCCCCUCCUCUCAUCACUACCACCAAACCCCUCCUCUUCCUCUUCCUCUUCCUCCACCACUACCACACCACUCAAAAUGUCACAACGUCCUUAUUCCCCCCUUUCAUUUUGUUGUGCCCUUUUCAUACCAUUACUAUCUAUUCACCAUGUCUAUGCUUCAACUUCUUCAACUAGUUCCCCACAAGUUCAAACCUUGAACACAAAACCAGAUAUUAUAAACCCAAAACUACCACCAAGAACCCUCUCAUCCUCUAAGAAAUUUGAGGGCUCAUCAGAUUUAGUCAACCUUCGUUACCAUAUGGGUCCAGUCCUCUCUUCAGCCCCUAUAAACAUCUACCUUAUCUGGUAUGGCCGUUGGGCUAAUUCUCAAAAACUUCUCAUCAAGGACUUCAUUAACUCCAUCUCCCCCUCAACUGUUGCCGCCAAGCCCUCCGUCUCUGACUGGUGGCGCACUGUGUCUUUGUACACAGAUCAAACUGGGGCUAACGUCUCACGUUCAAUACUCAUAGCUGGCGAAUAUGCUGACAGUGCUUAUUCACAUGGGACUGGCUUAACAAGACUUACAAUCCAACAAGUGAUAGCUUCAGCAGUAAGAUCUGCACCUUUCCCAGUAGAUCACAAGAAUGGGAUCUACCUCAUAUUGACCUCACAAGAUGUGACCAUGCAAGACUUCUGUAGAGCAGUGUGUGGGUUCCAUUACUUUACAUUUCCAUCAAUGGUUGGCUACACAUUGCCUUAUGCUUGGGUUGGUAACUCAGGCAAACAAUGCCCUGAAGUAUGUGCUUACCCUUUUGCAGUCCCUGGUUAUAUGGGUGGAGGUGGACCAGGAGCCUUGAAGCCACCAAAUGGGGAUGUGGGUGUUGAUGGAAUGAUUAGUGUUAUAGGCCAUGAACUUGCAGAGUUGUCUUCAAAUCCCUUGGUGAAUGCUUGGUAUGCUGGGGAGGAUCCAACAGCACCAACUGAGAUAGGGGAUUUGUGUGAAGGGUUGUAUGGGACAGGUGGCGGUGGUGGGUAUAUAGGGCAGGUGAUGAGGGAUAGGAAAGGCAGGACCUUUAAUUUGAAUGGUAGAAGAGGGAGGAAGUUCUUGGUGCAAUGGAUCUGGAGCCCCGAGUUGAAGGCAUGUGCCGGUCCUAAUGCUUUGGACUGAUAAGGUGGUGGCCUUUUCUAGGACCUUGAAAAGUGGGAAACAAAAAGAAAAAAAGAAAAGAAAAAGAGAAAUAGACUAUCGAUUGUUAAAAAAGUCAGGUUCUAUGCUCUUGAAUUUGAUUUUUCUUUCAAUUUCUUCUAGUUCUUGGGGUUAUCUUGGUGGUGGAAAUUGCCUGUAUACACGAGUGAAGAAGGUGGAGGUUGGGGAAGGAGGAGGGGAGAUUUGUUUUCUUGUAUUUCUUCAGUUUUUACUUAUUUUUUUUCUUUUUAUGAUUAAAAAUCAUUGUAGUUGAUCAGAUGUACAAAAAAAGAAGAAGAUGGUGAUGCUAGAUUUUGAUGCUAUUUUAAAAGUAUAUUUAUAUA